AUGAUAACAUCAUCGGUAAAAGAUUCGUUGGAGGAUAGAUAUGACGAGGGAAAUUUUGUCGAAGUCUUAGAAGAACCAUAUCACAAACCAUUCAUUCGAAAUUCACGUGUUAAUGUUUUUAUCGCCAAAUUACCGCGUAAUUCUGUCACAAUGUAUCAUCGACAUAGACAAAACACGAUCUAUACGGUCAUUGUUGGUUCAUGUUGCAAAAGUCAAGUAUAUGGAUCGAAUAGCUGUGCACAAGAAUAUGUAAGUGGUGAUUGUUUCUCUGGAGAAUAUCGAAACAAUCCGCUUAUACAUCGUGUGGAAUGUCUGAAUGAAAGUCUUACUGAUGCUUGGUUUGUUGGCAUUGAAGUCUUACAAGAGAAAUCUUUUUUUCCUUUGGAUAAUAAUCUCGAAUAUGAUAAAUACACUCCUAUUGCAAAAGUAAAUCUUGUUGGAUGUCGAGCGUAUCGAUUGAAAUUAAAUGCGAAUGAAACGAGUGGAGAUCAUUUAUUCGAGUUUUCUGGAAUUUUCAUUUCAUUAACAAAUGGUCAAUUGAAAAUCAAUUCUAAACAUGAUUUUCCCUUAUCGUCUGGCCAUAUCGACAUGGGACACGUCUUUUGGUUUGAUGGACCAGUUCAAUUUCAAUUACAAAAUGUUUCAUCUGAAUUAUAUGAAGCAAUUCUUAUACUCUUCUCCUAA